AUGGGUCCUUUGAAAGAUGUAAAAAAGGUUUUGGAAAGAGUGUCGGAUGCAUGCAAUGUUCCAUACGGAACAGUUAAGCGAAUUAACAUUCAACUUAAGGAAGAAAUCGUGUCAAAUGAGACAGAACAAACGAGUGAAGAGCACGCCGACGUUGAAGAGGCAGAGCAACCUACACAAGAUGGGGCAAAUGUUACUAGCUCGAAGAAAAGGCGCAUUUUGAUCACCACGCCGCGCAAGAAAAAGCCACGUACACCUAGGAACCGACCAGUAACUGAAGUUGAUGAUUUUCAGAAAUCAGCCAUUCGUCGCCACAUCAUGACUUUCUAUGAAAGGAAAGAAGUGCCGACCUUGAGAAGACUGCAGGGAUCCCUCCAAGAUGCUGGACUUUUUAAUGGCUGUAAGUCAUCCUUAGCCACAGUUUUAAAGAGUUUAGGAUUUGCCUACAAAAAGUUCAACAGUAGGAAGGUGUUAAUGGAAAAACCUGCGAUAGCGCUCAAAAGAUGCCAGUUCCUUCGGAAAACACGCGACAUAGACUUAAAAAACACGGUGUUCCUGGAUGAAACCUGGCUAAACGAAAACACAUGCCAUGAAAAAGGAUGGACAGAUGGAAGUGUCAGAGGAACAUUGAGUGCUCCCCUUGGGAAAGGAAGACGCUUAAUAGUUUGUCACGCGGGGACUCAAGAUGGCUGGAUUAAAGCACCGCCGCUCGUUUUUCAGUCAUGCAAGACCGGAGACUACCACGAGGAAAUGGACUCUAAGGUGUUUGAACAUUGGUUUUUCAACACAUUAAUCCCCGUGUUACCUCCCAGCAGCACUAUCAUUAUGGACAAUGCACCAUAUCAUUCCAGGGUGGAAAAUAAGGCUCCCACAUCGAGUUCUACCAAAGCAGAGAUGACCAACUGGCUGAAUGAUAGAGGAGUGUGUUUCCCACAAGACCUGAAGAAGCCUGAGCUGUACAAUGUCGUGAAGCUGCACAAACCCCCGCACCCGACCUACGUGAUUGACUCAAAAGCAGCAGAGCUGGGAUUCAAAGUAAUCCGCCUUCCUCCGUACCAUUGCCAGUACAAUGCUAUUGAAAUGGUAUGGGGGUAUAUAAAAAAAUAUGUGAAGGAUAGAAACCAAACAUUUAAAUUGAGUGAUUUAAAAGUGCUAUUUUCCGAAGCCGUAUCUGCUGUGACACCUGAACUGUGGGGAAAGUACGUUAAACACGUGAAGAAUUUGAUGGAAGAGGAUUGGAGAAGUGAAGGACUCAACGACUUGAGUGUUCGUGAAUUUGUCAUCAACUUGUGUCCUGGAGAUACCGACUCAGAAAGUGACAGUGACAGUAACGCCGAAGACGAAGACUUUGGAUGUGCAAUUUUAGAAUAA